AUGGUCGAACGACUGCACCGACAGUUGAAGGCUGCACUCAUCGCUCGCAACGCCCAAACUUCAUGGGUUGACGAGCUUCCCCUCGUGAUGCUCGGCAUACGCUCGGCCAUUAAAGAAGACCUCGGGUGCACUGCAGCUGAAAUGGUGUAUGGCACGUCCCUUCGCCUCCCUGGUGAAUUCUUCGACCCGGCUCCUGCCCCCGACCUGUCACCGCCAGACUACAUCGAGUGGCUUCGGCACCUGUGUCAACGUCUGCAACCAACGCCCGCAAGACAACCGUCUAACUACGAUGUCUUCGUAAGCAGAGACCUUGCUUCAUCAAGUCACGUCUUUGUGCGACGCAAAGACAUCCGGACAUCUCUUACGGCACCGUACGAAAGCCCUUUCAAGGUGCUUGGGCGUACCGACAAGACCUUCACUUUGAGAGUAAACGGCCGCACGGACGUUGUAGCGAUCGACCGCGUAAAACCUGCGUACAUGCCGAACUCAUCUGUUUCGGUUUCGCUUCCCGAGAGUUAA